AGAGAGAAAGGGGAAAGAACACAUGGCCACGAUGACCCCUAAUUUUAGCGGGAAGUAACUCAAUAUAUUUACACCGUCGAAUCACCGUGGGCGCCAUUUCAAUUUUUCAAUUACAAUCCGUUACAUUUCAAAAUCUUCACUCUUCUCACUACUCUUUCUCUCUCCCAGAAAACCUCACCGUAAUCAGGACAUGCGAACUCGAUUUCUCGGCAAGGAUUACUUCAAUUCCGCUCAAUUUCCAGCCGGCGAUUUCCUCCGCCUCCCUCUUCCACACCUCCCUACUUCGAACACCUCCACUUUUGAAGACCUUCAUUGUUUUGAUGAACUUCCUACACUUAGUAUCGAUGUUGAAAUCGAGAGAUUUCCGAUUGAGAAAACUCUCUCUCGCUUCUUCCCAUAUGUCUUUCCGCACAGGAUUGAUGUUGAACUUGCUGAGUUCGCAGAUCCUCGGCCGUUCGCCGGGAAGCUUGACGUUGACGAGCAGGGAAGUUGCAGUCCCGAGGAAACAAGCGGAAUUACUACAGAGGGGACUAUGGUUUCCUAUGGCAAGGGGAAGGACAAUCUCGAAAUGGUCCAAUUUGAAAUUCCAGAGCUGGAUUCAUCUUCACUUCAAUUGCUAGAAGAUAUCCCUCAUUUUGGAAAGGAGAACAUGCUGAUUCUGUCUGAGAUUUCAGAUGAUGGAAAUAAGCUGGAUAUGCCUGGUCUUGAAGUUAGGCUGCAACAUUCCCUUGACACUCUGCAAUCAAUUUGUUCAGUGGAUGACAUUUGUUCUGUGUCUUUUCUGGAGAAAAGCUCUGAUUGGCUUGAAGAUAGUGGUUUCAGUCAGGGGAAACAUCAUUCUAGUACAUAUGUCUUUCCUCUUCUCGAAGUCGAUGAGGCAGGUUUGGGUAUUGUCAGCGACAACUCUAUAAAGGAGAAAGUUCUAAUCUUUGAAAAUAUUGAGCUUCAGCGUGAGACACCAGGAAGUGAAGGAAUGGGUAACAUAAAUGAGCUUUUGGAUUCCACAAAGUUUGACACAUUGCAAUACCUGUCAAAUGGUAGUUCAGCAACGGACUGCCUUGAAGUUGAGGUUCCGUGCUUGAAUUUCUCUUUAGAGAUGAAUUUGAUAAGUAUUAUUGAACUUGAGAAAAACUCGGUGAUUCAUCAAGGCAUAGAAAAUGAUGGUCCAAUUUGGGUAGGAAACCCUAUCAUUUUUAAUGAACUGCAAUUCUUUGAUUCAGACCUUUAUACUUUUGGUGAAUUGCUGUCUGAAGUAAAAGUAGACGUUGAGGAUACAUGUGACCUGAUGUUGAGGGAGGCUGACAAUUUCAGGAACUUCGACGAAUUGAUUGUUUCCCAUGAGCUCAUUCCUGUGGAUAAUUCUUUCAGAUCACUGCCUGUGCCGCUAAUUUCUGAGAAUGGAAAUAUAAAGUCAUUGCACUUGUGUAUUAAGGAAAUCCUAGCUGAGUUGGAGCCACAGUCUUCCUCCAUGUCUGAUGGAUUAUACUUAGAUUGGCAUUUUGUGGAAGAAGAGAAAUGGAAGUGUCGAGAAGACUUCUUCAAUUUAUCGGGAGAGAUAGAUGCUAACAACAUUGACCUUUGCUUGAAUUUCAUCGACAAUGAGAUGCUUGUAUCAAACUUUCUUUUCUCUAGUGAUAGUCCACAAGAACCAAACAGAGUGGAGAGCAAAGAAAUAUUGAGUUUACCUUCAAAUGCCAUUCCUGUUUCUCCCAUGCCUCAUAACAUAGAAGUGUCAACUAAGUUGCUGAAGGAUGGAAAGUUCCCAAUUGAAGGAGUAUCAUCCCAAUGUAGUUCUAAAAAGGCAUCUUUGUUUGGUGACUCCUGGUCAGAAUUUAAUGAUCUUGAUUUUUUCUUAAAUCCAAAAGAGUAUGGUAGAGACAAAGACUAUAAACCAGCUGACAGUUCCAUUGAUACCAAUACCAUGGGCCGGAGCAGAUUUCUCUCUUCUGAUACCACACUAGUACAACCUCAGCAAUGGAAUAUCAAGGUGCAUCAAAUAUUGUUGUCUUCUGAUAUUCUACUUCUAAUUGAUGAUCUUAGGAAAAUCUUUCAAGUUAUCUUUGAAAGACGGAGAGAGUUAAUUGAGACUCAGGAUCCAUCUCAAGCUGUGGACGAUAUUGCUAUUCUCCGCCUUCCAAAGAAAAAGCUCAUCGACUUGAUUAAGAAAAGAAGUCUGUGCAGGACGUCUUUGUUCCAGGAUGGUGAUAACACAAUAUCAUUGGUCACAUUGUGCGCGAUCAAACAGAUGGUUUGGUACCUGUGCUACUAUGGUCUGCAUACAACAUAUCUAUACAUAGAAAAGUUGUACAGAAGGUUGCAGGAAUUGAACUCUAAACUUGACUUCCUCUACAACCUCAUAAAAGAUGUGCAUCAGAAGGGUGAAAAAGAUAUACAUAAGUUCCAUCCAUCGCUUUCUGUUAUUAAAGAUAUACUGCAGUCGUUUGUGAGCAAGGGUAGUUCAAAAAUAUUGGUUGUGGCUGAGCCAGUGUUCUGGUGGUCAUUGAAGAAACUAUUAACUUCCAUGAAUAUUGCAUUUAGCCAGCCACAUAAUGGACAAAAGAAUGAUUUUUACAAAUUAGAAGAUGCCAGCAUGCAAAUGAUCUCACAUUGCUGUUUAGUAACCCAAGAGCAUCUGUCUGCCUCAUUUCCAUUUGAAAAAUUUGAGAUCAUCUUGGAAUAUGGAGGUUCACAAGGAUCAUCUAAAGUAUCUUCCAUCUUGCUUAAGUCAGAUAGAGUUCCUCCUCUUCAUUUCCUUAAGGUGGAGCUGGAGGACCCCAGUGUUGCAAAAGCACUUUGUGAUGGCGUUGACAUGCCCAACACAGAUGAACCUAGUAUGGCAAGUCUCUGUCUUUUGCUUGAUGUCUAUCAGUUUGAAAAAUAUCACAUAGUUUUGUGUUUCCUUCCAAGGAAUGCACGACACCAAAUUGUUUUUGUAAAUGGAAUGAAAAGUUUGAGACUGUCAAAAUUUUCGAUAUUCUUAUUGUUUAUCUAUUCUGUUUUCUUGAGUCACACUAUACAGUUCAAUUUGGGGGCAGGUCCUCACUCUUUCUCUGCUCUCAAUGAGAUUGACGUUACAGUUGAAGAACUGCUGAAUUUCCUUCCAGUGGAAAAGAACUUGAAGGGUGCAAGUGUUGCGACAUUACUGGGAAAUGAAGCUUGCUCUGCUGCAGCUCAACAUGCAGUGUUCAGUUUAGGAUCUGAGCAAAAUCGUGGAAGCACAGAUAGCUGUCCUGAGACAAUCAUUAUAGUUAACACACACAAUUUUGAUAAGGAAAUGGUAAUUUCAAGGAGAACUACAUACCAAAAGAUUCUUGCGUUCGAGAAGAAAGGAGUACAGGUUGUAGAGCGUGAUUUACGUCAGCCUGUCGAUAUUAUAGUCAGUGCAUCAGCUUGCCUUGCUUGGUAUGACUGCAAAAACAUUGCAAAGAAAGCUACUGCCCCUGAUGAGGCUUUCUCUUGCUUGCCUCUGUGUGUUGAGAAUAUUGCAGCAAGUAUUUUGACGUCACUCAGUUUUGCUUUCAGUGGCUGCAUCCUGGUCUUUGAGGGAGAAAGCGACUUUAUAUCAGGAAUUAUGGAGUCAUCUGAUGAGCUCUAUGCUGCUGCUGCUAGCUUGGGCAUGGAUAUACAGAUCUUUUAUUCAUAUUCUUCUGAGAUGACUGAUGAGAUCAUAUUAUCGUGUAUCGAACUUUCCUCGAGGACAAGCAGAGGGCUCUAUUCUAAGAUGCCUGAGUCACAAACGCUGGCAGAAUCCUUCCUUACUGCAUUUCCUUCAAUCAAUUCACUCUCAGCUCAUGCAAUAUUGUCUUCAGCAGGCUUGCUUGUUGAGUUUCUGGGAUGGACUCGUGAACAUAAAAUUCAUGCAGUUCAAAAAUAUCAAGUUCCUGAUGAAAGCAUCAUAUUACUGAGUGCUUUGAGCAGAUUUGGGGAACGGGAGGAUUCUAAAUCGGUAAUGACAGAUUGCUCCUCUUCAGUUUCUUCUGCAACAGACUCUGAAAGUCUUCAUUUCAAAAGAACCUAUGGGAGGACGAAACGAAAAACCACCUGGGAUAUUGAGAAUCUGAAUAUACCUACAAGGGAAGUAUAUGAUCUUGAUCCACCGAGAACAUUUUCUGAAGGCAGACUUCAUCAUCCCAGAGCAUCUGGCCUGCGUGAUUCUUUGAUUUCAGAUGAUAUCAACUUGUUUGAUGAAUUUGGGAAGUCUAGCUUAUCAUUUGACAACGAACCAUGCGUUCACAGGCAGUCAUUAGACACCUAUGUGACAAAAGAUCUUUUUAAAGUAACUGAUCUCUGUGACUACCAGAUGACUAAUAAUUCACAGAUGGGAGGUGGUGAUAUAAAUAAAUUCAGGGCUCCACAAAUUGAUGUGUGUUUGCACCCAAGAGAGGGAGUUGAUGUGGGUAUGAUGAACAAAUUGGGUAGACAAAAGAACUAUUCAGGAAAUUUUACAGAUCAUAUCACAGGUGAGGUUAUUAACAUUGAUGAUACUGUCGGAUCUGGCAAAGCCUUUCAUAAUGCAAAAUCCAAGUCCUUUUCUACCCAGGUGCAUGCAAUGGAGACUCCUACAACAGGAAUUCCUACAGCUGCUAAAAAACUCUUUUUUGGAGCAAGUGAUCUAGAAUUUCUAAAUACUGUGGAAAUUGACUCUAGCCUAGAUGCCUACACUUCUGUGAGAGACCUUGGGCAAGGAUCAAGGCAAGGAAUGGGACAGCAUUUAAAUGCAGGUUUCAAUCAUAAGAAGAUUCAAUUUAAGCACCAGAAAUGGGUCCCAGAUGAGGGUAUAUCCCAGAAAGUAAUAUGUGUGAGUGAUCUGACGAAGCAAGAAAAGAAUGCAGCCAGUUAUGGAGAAACACCACUCUCAAACGCACUUCAAUCCACUCCAUUGCAGCAAGGAUCACCCUGGACAAUUGAAUUUCUGAACAGAAUCAGGGAAAAGAGUCGGUCACGUCAGCAAUCUGUCCCAUGUGACUUAUCUGCUCCUUGUUACGGGUACCCUGGGAAACCAUCAAAAGUUACAAAGAGAAAGAGUCCCUCUACUCUGGAACUUUACAAGUACCAAGGAAACAGUUUCCAAGAGGCAGCAACUAGGAGAAAGAGGCGUAUGAAAUGCAUGCAGCUACCAGCAUCCUCUAGUGAGAAGGCUUCAGAUCGUCCUAUUUCAUCAUGGACACCCGUUGAUAAAAGAGCAAAACGGGAGCUAUCCUUUGCAACAAGCGGAAAUGGAGGGCAAACUAAACUGGUAUGGAAUGACAAGAACUCUCAUACAUUGGGAAGACGAUAUUAACUUUCACAUAUGAGGUAUACUGGGCCAAUACAACUGAGCUCUCAGUAAGUGUAAAUCAUAGAAUUUAUUGGGACCUUACAUUCCUAGGACAUCAAUUAUUAAUCAAAUUGCAUGAUCAUUUACAAUUCAUAUAGCAUAAUUCUGCAUUCCUGGUGUCGGAAAAAUGUUAUUCACCAUGUACCGAAUCUGUUUUUUUCCCCCUGUGGUAUUCUUCUUCUUUAGCAUCUCUGCUUUGUGAAUUCAGCCAAUUAUGGAAGUAAAGUGGCAAUCAACAAUAUCAAGAUAUGUAAGACCUUUUUUUGGCUUUAAAUCUAAAAGUCUUUUUAUUUGAGAA